CUUUUCCCCUUCUUCUCUCCUUUCUCACCUUAUUUUCACGAAUUACCCCCACCUGACAAACAACACCCCACCCCGAGAUCUGCCACCGUCUCUGUAAAUCCAUGGAGUCUCGAAGGAGAAGAGGAUCUCACUCGCUUGAUAAAUCGAUUAUCGCUGCAAUUCUCGUCCUCCUGAUCCAUGGCUCAUAUUCUUUCUAUCUCCCCGGCGUUGCUCCCCAGGAUUUCAAAAAGGGAGAUACAUUGAUGGUGAAAGUGAACAAGUUAACCUCUAUAAAGACUCAGCUUCCUUACUUGUAUUAUUCUCUUCCAUACUGUCGCCCCAAAAAAAUUUUGGACAGUGCAGAAAAUCUUGGGGAAGUGCUUCGUGGUGACCGUAUUGAGAACUCCCCUUAUGUGUUUAAAAUGCGGGAACCACAAAUGUGCAAUGUUCUUUGCCGGCUUACACUUGAUGCCAAACUUGCUAAAGAGUUCAAAGAGAAGAUUGAUGAUGAGUAUCGAGUUAACAUGAUCCUUGAUAACCUCCCUCUGGUUGUUCCCAUUCAAAGGUUAGAUCAGGAGUCUCCUCCUGUUUACCAGCUUGGCUAUCAUGUUGGACUUAAAGGCCAAUAUAGCGGGAGCAAGGAAGAAAAAUAUUUUAUACACAAUCAUUUGGCAUUUACUGUCAAGUACCACAGAGAUUUGCAAACUGACACUGCGAGAAUUGUUGGAUUUGAGGUCAAGCCAUUCAGUGUAAAACAUGAAUAUGAAGGAACAUGGACAGAUAAAACUCGUUUGACAACUUGUGACCCACACACAAAGCGUACAGUUUCUAGUUCUAACUCUCCUCAAGAAGUUGAUGUCAAAAAGGAAAUUAUAUUCACAUAUGAUGUGGAGUUCCAGGAGAGUGAUGUGAAGUGGGCAUCCAGAUGGGAUGCAUACCUACUCAUGAGUGAUGAUCAAAUUCAUUGGUUCUCAAUUGUCAAUUCUUUGAUGAUUGUUCUCUUCCUGUCAGGCAUGGUAGCAAUGAUAAUGCUGCGGACGCUUUACCGUGACAUUUCCAAGUAUAAUGAACUUGAAACCCAAGAAGAAGCCCAAGAAGAGACAGGAUGGAAGCUCAUCCAUGGUGAUGUUUUCAGGCCCCCGAUUAAUUCAGAUCUACUAUGCGUGUACGUUGGGACUGGUCUUCAGUUUUUUGGCAUGACACUUGUCACCAUGAUUUUUGCCAUUCUGGGCUUCCUAUCCCCUUCAAAUAGGGGUGGUCUUAUGACAGCCAUGCUUCUACUAUGGGUCUUCAUGGGCCUGUUUGCCGGUUAUGCUUCUUCUCGCUUGUACAAGAUGUUUAAAGGAACAGAAUGGAAGAAAAAUGCUCUGAGGACAGCAAUCAUGUUCCCAGCUGUUGUCUCUUCCAUUUUCUUUUUCUUGAAUACUCUCAUAUGGGGCCAGAAAUCAUCCGGGGCUGUGCCAUUUGGGACAAUGUUUGCUCUGGUCUUCUUAUGGUUUGGAAUUUCAGUUCCACUUGUGUUUGUUGGUAGCUAUAUCGGAUUCAAGAAGCCAGCAAUCGAGGAGCCGGUGAAGACAAACAAAAUCCCAAGACAGAUUCCAGAGCAGGCUUGGUACAUGAACCCAAUUUUCUCAAUUCUGAUAGGAGGAAUCCUCCCAUUUGGAGCUGUUUUCAUUGAGCUCUUCUUCAUUCUUACCUCAAUCUGGCUGAAUCAGUUCUACUACAUCUUUGGUUUCCUUUUCUUAGUCUUUGUUAUCCUCGUUAUCACCUGUGCCGAGAUAACCAUUGUGCUUUGCUACUUCCAGUUGUGCAGUGAGGACUACUUAUGGUGGUGGAGGUCAUAUCUUACUUCAGGCUCCUCUGCACUCUAUCUCUUCCUUUAUGCUACUUUUUACUUCUUCACCAAGCUUGAAAUCACCAAGUUGGUUUCUGGUUUAUUAUAUUUUGGGUACAUGCUAAUUGCCUCAUAUGCAUUUUUCGUGGUAACUGGUACAAUUGGAUUCUAUGCUUGCUUUUGGUUCACAAGGCUCAUCUACUCUUCUGUGAAAAUUGAUUAACUGAUGCAAUUUGUGUGCUAGACAUCCAAUCUCUCUCUACAGCAAGUAAGAAGCAAUAUGGGAGGUACAGUUGUGCUUUUUCAGCUGUUAGCUUCUCUGCUCGUUUUUUCUUUUUAUUUUAUUUUUUUUUUUAUUUUUUUUUUUUUGACAGAAACAAGAUUCAUAUAUCCUGUUUCUAUGGUAGCUUUCAAUUUUUAUUGUUAUUGAAGAUAAAUGUCUAAUGUAGUGAAUUUUUGUUAUAUUUUUGUACUUUUUCGAUAUAUUCUUUAUUAUGACAAUUCUGAAGAUUGAGGAGUAAA